UCCGCUUCCGGGGGGGGCCUGUGGGCAAGGCGGGAUGGCGGUGCUGGCCUCCAACCCGAACAACCCCGUGGUCUUUUUCGACGUCUCCAUCGGCGGCCAGGAGGUUGGCCGCAUGAAGAUCGAGCUGUUUGCCGACGUGGUGCCCAAAACCGCGGAGAAUUUCAGGCAGUUCUGCACGGGCGAAUUCAGGAAGGACGGUGUUCCCAUCGGCUAUAAAGGAAGCACUUUCCACAGGGUAAUAAAAGAUUUCAUGAUCCAAGGAGGAGACUUCGUAAACGGAGACGGCACUGGGGUAGCCAGUAUUUAUCGGGGGCCCUUUGCAGACGAGAACUUCAAGCUCAAACACUCGGCUCCUGGUCUCCUCUCUAUGGCAAACAGUGGUCCAAGUACCAAUGGCUGCCAGUUUUUCAUCACGUGCUCCAAGUGUGACUGGUUGGAUGGGAAACACGUGGUGUUUGGUAAAAUCAUUGAUGGGCUUUUGGUCAUGAGAAAAAUUGAGAAUGUGCCUACAGGUCCAAAUAACAAACCCAAGCUGCCAGUGGUGAUUUCUCAAUGUGGGGAAAUGUGAAGGAUGGAAGAGAAGCGUGCGCCAUUCCCUGAACUGGCUUCCUUCUGAGCUGCCCAGAACCAAAUGGAGGAACAAGAUUUUGCGGCUACCACUGAGGGAACGCUGGGGUUGUAACCACCCUGGCUUGGCUGUGGUAGGGCUGCCUUGAAGCCUCGGCUUCAGAAACCAGUGGCUAAAAGGAGGCUGAAACUGGAAACCAGCUGAUAUUACCCAGGCAGCUGGGGGACUGGAAGGAGUUCAGACCCUUUGGGGUGUCAGACCAGCAUUGCCUGUUCUGCUUUGUUUCAGUGCUCCCCCACGGCCCCAGGCUUCUCCACAGGGUAGAGUCAUAUUCUUGACGUUCCCAUGAAAUUAUUUAACAACCAACAUCUAUCAUGUUUCUC